CCUACCUGCAACAGGUCACGUUACCGGUCGACCAAAUUGCAAGAGGAAAAGAACGUAUCGGCGUAUUGUACUAGCAUACAUACUACCACACGUAACGAUUCAUGAUUUAAAUAUAAACUUUUUGGCGCCGGGAGAUGUUCCUACGGCCUACAAUCAACACGCUCCCGCUAACUUCUGUAUGCUGUCAACCUAACCAACAAAGCGUGUGUUCUGACUCCGCCCCCUUGCACAGGUAGAACUCAGGUGAUGCCCGGGGAGGCCCCACCCUCUCCUGCCCGUUGCCAUGGAGAGGGCCCUGCCUCCUGCCCCCACCGGAAGUGACAUGGAGUGGGAAGAGGAGGAGGAGUUGAUGAGAGCCCUGGGUCUGGAGCUGAUGCUGGAGCCCUUUGAGCCCUCUGAGCCGCUGGUUUCCCCCUCCCACAGCCCAGCUCCACUCGGGAAGACUGGGGAGCAGCCGGGGAGGCUGCAACUGGGAGCCUGGAGCCAAGAUGGCUGGCCAGCUCUGGAGCUGGAGGGCUUUGUCCAGUUGGACAGGAGAUGGCUGCUUUGGCACGAGUUCAUGAAGGAAUACACCAACCUGGUCGACUGGCUCCGAUUGGCCGAGAGGACAGUGGCCUCCCCCAACUCCGCCCAGGUUCUCUACGUCGCUGCCAAGCAGGAACUGAGGAAGUUUGAGAACCUUCUCACGGAGGCCCGAGCCCGUCUUGUCCAGCUGGACAGCCUGGCGAGAUGGAACCGAACCCUCGUGGGCCACUUCCAGGGCGCCAUGUGCACGCGGACGGGUGCCAUGGUGAGGGAGUGCGGGCAGCGCUGGGACGGCCUCCAUGCCACCAUACAGGUGGUCUGUUGUCGUCUGAAGCACUGUGUGUCUCUGAGGGAGCAGUUUGAGUGUGACCGGGAGGAGGUGAUGGUGUGGCUGUCAGAGAUGGACCUGAGGCUGUCAGAGGUGGAGAACCUGACAGGGAGGAGCAGCUGUCACAAGAUGAAGGAGUUGCAGACCUUCCAGGUGGCGGUGGUUGAGAACGCCGGCCGUCUGAAUGAGCUGCUGGACUUUGGCGAGGCCUUGAUCCAGCGUGGCCAACCAGAGGACGGCGAGGACAUAGAGGCGGAGCUGCAGGAGGUGAUCCUGUUCUGCGCCCGUGUGUUUGAGGGGGCGGGCCGACUGCACACCCGCCUGCUCAGCAUGAGGCUGGUAUUUGAGGAUGACUGGGUGCUGAUCCCUGCUCCAGACUCUGGCUGCCCGUCAGAAACCCUGCUGGAAGAGGAGUCCAGCCCCCCCUUGGAGUCCCAGGAUCCCCCUGGCCCUCACCACCCCAACCCCCCCUCGCCUGCCCCCUCGCCCCCCACUGAGGAUCCGCCCAGCCCCUUACCCCCUAGCGCCCACCACCCCAACCCCCCCCUCGCCCUCACCAUCGCCCCCUGCCCUGGACCACCAGGUCCUCGAGUGGGACCCCUCUGUCGACAUCGGCCACUCUGUCUCCCAUGAUGACGCAGACUCCUCCUACUUCAGUGCCAACCCCGGCCUGGGCUACAGAGAUGAGCCAAUGGCCGGAGACUUUCUGAAGAGGCGGAGCUUUCUCAGCUGCCUCGGCUCCAUGUCUGACAUCACAAGC